CCAAGUUCCAUGUUCUCUCACUUCUCUCUCUCUCUCUCUCUCUCUCUCUCUCUCGUCUCUACCAUUUCUGUUAACACUUAACAGAGCUCACACAUACAAGGACGCACACAAGAGCCUUCUUCUUCGUCUUCAUGGAGCUUCACAAGCGCCACGUCCACAGCCUCUCCGAGAGGAAGGGCCAGAAGCGCAAGCUCGAUGACCAGCUCCAUGCCAACCGCCAGAUCUCGCCGCCACCGCCAACGGCCGACGAGCGCGCCGCUAUCCUCUGCCAAGCCUCUGACCAGGUCCGCGUCCUUGACUCCACCUUCACGUGGAACGAAGCCGAUCGAGCUGCCGCUAAGCGCGCCACUCACACGCUCGCCGAUCUCGCCAAGAACGAGGAAGUUGCUAACGUGAUUGUCGAAGGAGGCGCUAUUCGAGCUCUGGUUAGGCACCUUCAGGCGCCACCUAUCGGCGACGACGACCGUGUGCAGAAGCCGUUGCCGUUUGAGCAUGAGGUUGAGAAAGGGAGCGCUUUCGCACUAGGACUACUUGCAGUCAAGCCAGAACAUCAACAGCUCAUUGUUGACAGUGGUGCCUUGAUUCAUCUUGUUGAUCUUUUAAAGAGGCAUAAGAAUGGUUUAACUUCUCGUGCCAUUAAUAGUCUCAUUCGUAGGGCUGCAGAUGCCAUCACUAAUCUUGCUCACGAGAACAGCAGCAUUAAAACUCGUGUCAGGAUGGAAGGUGGAAUUCCACCACUUGUUCAUUUGCUUGAAUUUGCAGAUCCAAAAGUACAAAGAGCAGCUGCUAGUGCACUGCGAACCCUGGCUUUCAAAAAUGACGAAAAUAAAAAUCAGAUCGUUGAAUGCAAUGCUCUUCCAAAUCUAAUUCUAAUGCUUCGCUCUGAAGAUGCAGCUAUUCAUUAUGAAGCGGUUGGUGUGAUUGGAAAUCUGGUUCACUCUUCCCCUAAUAUAAAGAAAGAAGUUCUUCUUGCUGGAGCUUUACAACCGGUUAUUGGAUUACUUAGCUCGUGCUGCUCUGAAAGCCAGAGGGAAGCAGCCUUGUUACUUGGACAGUUUGCAGCAACUGAUUCAGAUUGUAAGGUUCACAUUGUACAGAGAGGUGCUGUCCAGCCAUUGAUAGAGAUGCUUCAAUCUCCAGAUGUACAACUCCAAGAAAUGUCUGCCUUUGCGUUGGGGAGAUUAGCCCAGGACACACAUAACCAAGCUGGCCUUGCACAUAAUGGUGGCUUGGUGCCAUUGCUGAAUCUUCUUGAUUCAAAAAAUGGGUCUUUGCAACAUAAUGCUGCUUUUGCUCUUUAUGGCCUUGCAGAUAAUGAGGAUAAUGUGUCCGAUUUUAUUAGGGUUGGUGGAGUUCAGAGGUUGCAGGAAGGAGAGUUUAUCGUUCAAGCAACUAAAGAUUGUGUUGCAAAGACAUUGAAAAGAUUAGAAGAGAAGAUUCGUGGCCGUGUGCUGAAGCAUUUACUGUAUCUUAUGCGAGUUUCAGAAAAGGGUUUGCAAAGGCGUAUUGCUUUGGCUCUUGCACAUCUUUGUUCAGCAGGUGAUCAAAGAGGGAUUUUUAUCGAACACCAUGGUCUCGAGUUGCUUAUUGGGCUUCUUGGCUCAUCUGGCUCUAAGCAGCAACUUGAUGGUGCUGUUGCUUUAUGCAAGUUGGCCAACAAAGCCUCAAGUUUGUCUCCCAUGGAUGCUGCCCCCCUUUCUCCAACACCACAGGUAUAUUUAGGGGAGAAGUUUGUAAACAAUGCCACGUUGUCAGAUGUUACAUUUUUGGUUGAAGGCAAACGGUUUUAUGCUCACAGGAUAUGUCUACUAGCGUCUUCAGAUGCAUUUCGUGCAAUGUUUGAUGGUGGUUAUAGGGAGAAGGAUGCAAAGGAUAUUGAGAUUCCAAAUAUUAGAUGGGAAAUUUUUGAGCUGAUGAUGAGAUUUAUAUAUACUGGAUCAACUGAAAUCACUCUGGAUAUAGCUCAAGACCUUCUCCGAGCAGCUGAUCAAUAUCUAUUAGAAGGACUUAAGAGGCUCUGUGAAUACACAAUUGCAAAGGAUAUAUCACUGGAGAACGUGUCAAGUAUGUAUGAACUUUCAGAAGCAUUUAGUGCAAUAUCAUUGAGGCACUCGUGCAUCCUUUUUAUAUUGGAGCAAUUUGAUAAAUUGAGUGCAAGGCCUGGGCACUCUCUUCUGAUUCAGCGUAUAAUACCAGAGAUUCGUAAUUACUUCAUUAAAGUUCUUAUGAAGACCAACUCCCUAAACAUUCGACUGUAACUUGCAGUCGUUCCAUUCUUGACUUCUAACCAAUUGUGAUGUACAGAAUGUUGUAGAUGUUCCUCUUUGUUGAAGCUGGGAAGGGGGGGGCCUCCCAUCUGGUAUAGUCGUAUAGUGGUAUACACAGCUUGGGUAGAUGAGAUAAUCCCAUUCCUGAGCUCUUCAUUUUUUCUUCAGUUGUGUAAGCCCCUUCCUGCCUGUAACUUCACUGUCAUAGAUUUAGCAAAUAUGACCUUCACGAACGUUGUUUUUUGUCUGGCAAUAUUGUGAUGGUUAUAUUCUCUGACUUCAAUUUCUCAAUUAAUUCUACAUCCAGGGAACUAAAAUUGUUGAUGAGUUAAUGAUAUAGAUGUAAUAAUAUUUAAGCCAAUGUAUGUGUAUAUAUUUGAGUAUAUGAUAAUUAUAUCGGUUAAAUAGUCGUGUGGAAGGAAUUUGCCUUGCAUCUAAUAAAUCCAAAUCAGUGUUGAAAUAAUUAAAUCUUGUCUACAAGAAAGUCUUGCAAUGUGGGUUUCGGUUGGAUGUAAAUUAAAAUUGAAGGACUUAAAGCUAGUAGUCAACUGACCCAGGGCAUGCUUCAUUUAAUUAACAAGUAGUUUUUUUUUUUUUCAAAAGUUCUCCUUUUAAAAGAUGAUGUUUUGGUCUUUUGUGUAGCAUGCAGACAAAGACACAGUCCAACAGCCAAUGUGUCUUUGAAUUAUUCCUUUAUAAGUGACACAAAUUUAUAGAUCUACCGUAGUUUUGCUGGUGACUGGUGAGAGCGCUACUUUCCGUAACCACUUUACUUUUUUAGUGCACCAUUUUACUUUUUUGAUUGUUAAAUAAUUUUGUUGACUUGAGCUUGUUCUGUAAUGACGUGUAAGUACUUAAAUAAAAUAAGAAUUUUAAUUUUUAUA